AUGGGGGCUGUUGAUGACUCCUCAUUCUUUCUUUAUGGCGUCGGGGAACGGCCCGAGGCUUUAACCCUGGGUUCAUUGGUGCUGGAGAAGUACUGGCAGCCAAUGGUUGCCCGCCACUAUACCCACGAACAAUUAAGCGGAGAGGCACUGCAAACGCAUGCGUAUUCCACACAGGCGAAUAAUCUUGUCUUUCAUGGAUGUUCUCGGAUUUCGCCCUCCGUAAGCAUUGAGGGUGGGGAUAUUGUCAAUCUCGGCCUCGCCUACAACAAAGAUCUUGAGCGUGUUGUAGUUGCAGAAAAAGGGACUCGAAUGAUCUUGAAAGACCCGGAAUCUUUCCUUACAACCAAUGUCCUAGCCAACCCGCAGGCACAGCAGAAACUAAAACUCUGGCUGUCCGCUGCUCAGAGCUCCUACAUGCUCAACUUGAAAUUCGCUCGUCGCCCCAAAGUAUGGCUACUCACCGGCUUGUACCUUCUUGAGAAAACGCGCACGAUUGUCUCAAAGGGCCAAUCUGCCGACAUAUCAGCCGGCGUCUCCUCCGCACUCGUUGGGGCUCUAUCAGGCGUCCCUAUCGGUGGGUCCGUCAGUCUGGGCCUGGGAUCCUCUUGGGAGAUGGCUAUGGAGAUUGCUGACCCACAUGUCUGGGCGGCCCAGUUUCGCCUGCUUGAUGCCCGCUUUAUCAAGAUGGGCAAGGGGGGCGUGGACGGUGUGAAAUUGCCGAUGACUAUGGGCCUUUAUCGUGAUGUCACAUCGUUGAAUGGCCGCCGAGCAGCCAGGGGCGACUCGGAAGUUGAGUCAGUUGAGCAAGUUGAGCUUGGCCUUGAGGGCGACGAAGGUGAGGAGGCAUAUGUGGAGGACCAGGACAGCGAGGAAUUGGAAGAAUACGAGAGAGCGCUGGAGAAGGUUAUGAAGUCUUUCGAGAUGGCCCCCAAGUACAUGUUGGAGUAG